AUGAACACUGAAAAAACCGCUUUUCAGCUUAGACCAACUGACAUACAGUGCAUAUUGGAAGAUAUAGAUAAAUACAGAAGUAGUAGCAAUAUAUUAGCACUAAAAUUGUGGCCCAUCGUUACCCUUAGCCCAUCAUGGCGGUGUUUUUACUGCAAGGAACCGUGUUCAGUUCAAAAAAAAGGUGUAGACAGGUCGCCGGUUGUCGAAAAAGGACGUGUAGACAGGUCGCCGGUUGUCGAAAAAGAGACUGUUGAGUCCGCGAUAGAGCUUGGCUUUGGUUGUUCUGCCGGUGUUAUGAUGAUGCCGAACGCGACCGAGGCGCUGACGGCAUCGGCGCGGCGUGCGAACACUGAACACUGCAGACGCGAACAGAGUUGGAGACACACAAUCUCUUUCCACGACAGUAACAUAUCGCCAUCUUUGACGUUUUCAAUGGACGACGAUGACAACAACAGUGCGAAAAUCGAGAACAAAGAUCUACCUAACUCAGAUGAAGAAGGCAAAGAAUACCGUGAGAAACACACUGAAAUACAGGAGCAGGUCUACCAGGACAAAUUGGCCGGUAUCCAAAAGCAACUACAGCAGUUGCGUGAUGGGACACAUGGGGAAUAUGUAAAGCAAUUGAAAAAAUUGGAUGCACAGCAUAAAAAUGAACUAAUGAUGACUGAUUUGAGGCGAGACUGUUUGUUUGAUGACAUUGAAAGAGAAUUUAAUAAAGAAUGGCGUCUAGCUCACAAAGAGUUUGAAGAUCGUAAUGCUCAACUCACUGAGACUUUGAUAUCAGAAUUAAACGAAAAGAAAAAAGCUAUAGAACAUGACAAUUUAAACAUGGAGCUUUCUCCUAGCUCGUCAAAUCAAAAGCCUGCUAUGACAAGGAAACUGAGAAGAAGACCAAAUGACCCAGUGGAGCCAACACCCCGAGGAAAACUUCGCAAACCCCCACCUGUAUCAGAUAAGUAUUUUUUGUUGCAGGAACAUGAAAUUGAACAGGAUGUAAAACUUAUUCAAGACUCAUUGGCUUCAAUAGCAUCUACUUCUACCACAAUAACCCCUACAGUCAAAACACGUGAUACAGUAAAUUAUUCAUCCAUUUGGAGACCAGGGUGUCUUCCGAGUACUAGUUCAUCAACUGCAAGUAACAUGAGUCCUAAAAAAUGUCGGAGUUCAGUUACUGAAGGAUCAUCAGCUAUUCCAAAUACGCGAAUUGAAGAUGGAAAACUGUUGUUUGAAAAAAGAUGGUAUCAUCGAGGACAACCUGUUUUUGUCGAAGGAAGACAUAUGGAAAAAUUCCCAGCUGUUAUACAUGCCAUUGGCAACGGAAGUAUUUUGGUUAAGAAAACGUCAGACAACAGUCAAUUUUGUAUCACCUUGUCUUACCUAUCAAAAGGCGAAAUGUCUAUACAACGUCGAGCUGCUGUUUAA